UCCCAGCUCUGGUUGCUAGUCACCCGCCGCAGCGGUGGAGUCAGUGUUUGCAGUUAGGGCUUAAGACUUAUUAGAGCUUUGGUUUUGUUGCAACAGCAGGACAAGAGUCAACUUUUUUUCCUGGUGAACAAGUGUGACAAAUGUCAGUCCAAGAAAUAAAUAAACAUGCCGUUCUCCCUCCCAUCAUUAGUAGAAGUGACAAAGAAUUUUUGGAAAGUAUGCAAAGAUACAUAGUUACAGAAACUAAAAGAGUGGGCUGUAAUGAGGAAGGACCUGCUGAUGAAUACUACAUCAUAUACCGAAAUGUUUUUGAUAAGGUAAUAGAUUAUGUCAACGCAUACAAACCCAUUCUAACUUCAAUCAAAAAAGAAUAUGAUACCUUCAUUGAGACCCUAAAGAGAAGUCAGAGGACUACAUUUUUUCUUCAUGGAAAACUUAAAGUUUUGGCAGCAGAGCCUACAACAUUGGCAUAUCACAGGAAAAGAAUAACCCAACUUGAAGCAAAAAUGAGAGUUAUUGAAAAUAAUUCUUCAAAGAUUCAAUCACAUAUAGACGAAGUGAAACAACUUAGAGCAGAGUAUGACACGAAAAAAGUAAAAUACUGUACAUUUCCCAAAGGUCCUUCAAAACCUAUUCCAGGCAUGACUCUCCAAGAAUCUGUAAAUUUAGAGUCUCUCACUAAAUACCUGAAAUUUCUUGAAGAUAAAUAUGCAGAAAUUAAGCAAGUUAAGUCACAAAAAUAUAUACCAGCUCAGAAGAAGGCUGAUUUAGAUGAGGAAAUGAUUGUGGCACUAAAACGGCGAGAUUUAACUGAAAAUCUGAAUAAAGAAUUACGGUUUUGUCAUCAAAGACUGCAGAUUAUUUCAUAUGCACUUUCUUCAUGGAUAAAAUCUGGUAUGAGCCAUUCAUUUCAAGACUUUGUGCAGCAGAUUCAGAAAACCAAAGAUUUAGAAGGUGAGAAAGGCAUUAUUGAGGAACUACUUACAGAUGAUCCAAACAAGGCAAAAGAAACUGAAAAUUUGCUUUACUACAUUGAAAGGUUCAAUAAAUUACUUCUACUUGGCAAAUAUGAAAAGGCAGCUUAUUUUGCAGCAAACAGUCCUAAAAGAAUUCUUCUAAACAUUUGGACAGUGAAUAAACUUAAGGUUAUUGGAAAAAUUAGAGGAGGACUUUUUCCAUUGCUAAUAUUUUUUGAGGCUAUCUUUAGCACAAGUCAUGCUUUCAGACGUCCUAUUGAUGCAGAACUAACCCUGGAAGGAAUCAAAUGUGGAUUGUCUGAAAAACGUUUAGAUUUAGUUACCAACUGGGUCACUCAGGAAAGGCUGACAUUUUCUGAAGAGGCUGGAGAUGUGAUUUGUGAUUAUGGGGAACAUGAUAUUUACAACAAGGCUAAGUGCCUGGCUCUAGCUCAAAUUAUUUAUAGCGAAUGUGGUUUGCAUAAGAAAUUUCUUCUUUGCCUGUGUAAACAGGGUCAGGUUCACGCAGCCAUGGAAUAUAUAGAACAAUUCAAGGACUUAACUUCUGAUGACUUGAUGCAGCUAGUAAAGUUAUGUCCCCACACUGAAUUAAUUCAGUGCCUCACUAAAGAAUGGAAUGGAAAGCCACCACCUUUAUCUUUUGGCCUAGCUAUACUUCAUCUAUUCUCUGUAGAUAUGAAAAAAGUUGCCAUUAAAUUGCUUCAAGAAAUAAGUAAGGGUGGGAAAGAUGCACUUGAACAUGUUAUGAUAAAUGAUCCAUUUUGCUCCGUAGAAAACUGGCAAGAAAUGGCAAAUAUAUGUUUACAGAAUGGCUUUCAAAAAUUAUCUCAUGACAUCAUUUCCAUUCUUCGAUCUCAGUCUGGAGUUACAGAAAUUUCUAAAGAGGAUGAUACAGUCAAUUUAAUGGAGCAUGUUUUUUGGUAGUUCUGUAUCUUAACCAGUUGAGGGAGCUUCUUUUAUGUGUGGUUGGCUGGGGAAACUUAUUUUAACAUAACUAACAAAUAAAUCUAAAAUAUGAAAGUCAUAGAAAUCUAUGCUUCUUUAGUUAUGAUGCCAUUUAAAUUUACCUCUGAAACAU